AUGGAUAGCAAUUCUUCAAAUUAAAUUCAUAAAUGUGUGACUAUAGAUGAUUAUAUAGAUAAUUUUUCAAAUCAAUACUCUAAUCAGUCAAAACCGAUAACCUAAUAAUGUUAGUAUAAUGCUGGAAGAAAUUAGAUAGAUACUUUAAAAAAUUAUACAGUAGCGGCAGGUAAUUAUUACUAUAGUUUUCCCUAAUAAAACUUUCAUUCACAAAUAACUUCAACCAAAUAAAGUUUAAAAUUAGCUGAUUGGGUUUGGCCAGGUGGUAUCAUACCAUAUAUUAUUGAUAAAUCUUUUACCCAUAAAAUGAGAUACAAUUUAUAAUAAGCAAUUCAAGAGUUUCAAAAUAAAACGCCAAUUCGAUUUGUAAAUAUUAGUGAUGAAUAAUAAUAUAAUCAAUAUGUAAAAUAUUACAGAAAUAAAGAAAAUGCAAGUUAUGUUCUUUGGAUUGGUAGAUCAUUAAAAGAAAGGGAACAUGCUGUAUACAUAAAUGAAAAUUUUACUUAUGGAACAUAUCUUCAUGAAACUAUGCAUAUUUUAGGAUUUGAUCAUGAAUAAUGUAGAUAAGAUAGAGAUAAUUAUGUAACAGUGUAAUUCUCAGAAUUAGAUUCUCAUAAUUUAAGAUUUUAAUAUUAGAAGAGAGGAUUUAUGAUUGGUGAGUAUGAUCCCUAUUCAAUAAUGCAUUACUAUUUAAAUAGAAAUAUGACAUCUAAAGAUUAAUAUAAGUAUAUUACAUUUGGAUAAAGUACAUGUUUAAGUGAUGGAGAUAUUAAAGGGAUUUAAUUAGUUUAUGGUAAAAGUUAAUGUACAUAUGAUGUAUAUGGUGAUAAAUAUAUGGAAUAAGAUUAUUUUGAAUGUAUUACAUGUUGGGGAUCAGAUUCUAUAUAUGGAGCUUGCAGAGCUUGUGGUAUUACAUGUCAUAAUGGACAUAAAUUGAUAUUAAAAAAAUCUAAAUCCUUUUUUUGUGAUUGUGGUAGGUAGAAUCAUAAAAUACAAUAAUAAUUUCAGAAUUAUAUAUAUGAACCAAGAAAAUAAUUAAGUGAAGUAGAUUUUAAAGUCAAUUAAUAAGUUUAUAGAUGCACAUUUGAUAUAUAUGGUGAUAAAUAUAUCACAUAAGAUUAUUUUGAAUGUAUUACAUGUUGGGGACCAAGUUCUGUAUAUGGAGCUUGCAAUACUUGUGCUAUUACAUGUCAUAAUGGACAUGAAUUGAUAUAUAAAAAAUCUUAACCCUUUGUUACUUUUGUUUGUGAUUGCGGUAGAUAUAAUCACAAAAACCAGUUAUGUACUAGAUAAGCUACAUAAUUCAAAAGAGUAUAAUAAUUAAUGUAUUUAUGCUAUGAUUGUUUUGACAUUGUUCAUUAUUAAUACAACCAUAAUGGUAACAUACCAGGAGUUUGUCAUCCUUGUGCAAUGAAAUGUCAUAAAAAUCAUAACCUUAGAUUUUAUAUGUUAGCUUUUAAUUUCUUUUGUGAUUGUGGAUUAGAAGAUUGCUAAAAAAUAUGUAUUGCAAUAUGA